AUGAGCAGUUAUUUACCUCAGCCGCAGAGGCAACAAACUCAGGGACAUGAGAAUGACAGCCGCGUUGUCGACAAUAGCAGCAACCACCACCACUUCGCCAUGAACCCCACUAUGCUGAAGCCUGUGCCAGGACCGCCACUCCCACCACCACCACCACCACCACCAGCGGCAACGUCAACCCACAGCUCAGGCAGCAGCGGUCUCCUUUUGACCAAGGCAUUCAGUCCUUCCUAUUUCGACCCCGAUGACUGGGUGGAGCGAUUGCUGGAGGAUGAGGAAGAAUCCUUCGAAAACGUGGGUUAUCCGGAAAGUUUCACCGACUUUGUCGCAUAUGAGCGAUACAGGACUCAGAUGGAGAGGUCCAAGUAUGAACGGGAGCAGAAAAUUGAGGCGAGGGCCCGGGCCAUUGUAAAGGCGAAGGCAGACGGACAAGCCAAGUAUCAUGUCAAGGCCCAGAACAAGAUGAAGAGCGCGAUUUCUGAGGUUCUCUUCAGUUGUUUGUGA